AUGCUGCUGAAACAUUACCUCCUCUUGCUGGUGGGCUGCCAAGCCUGGACUGUAGGGUUGGCCUACUAUGGCUGCCCGAGUGAGUGCACCUGCUCCAGGGCCUCUCAGGUGGAGUGCACGGGGGCACGCAUCGUGGCAGUGCCCACGCCUCUGCCCUGGAACGCCAUGAGCCUGCAGAUUCUCAACACGCACAUCACCGAACUCAGCGAGUCCCCAUUCCUCAACAUCUCGGCCCUCAUCGCCCUGAGGAUCGAGAAGAAUGAGCUGUCACACAUCAUGCCUGGUGCCUUCCGUAACCUGGGCUCGCUGCGCUACCUCAGCCUCGCCAACAACAAGCUUCAGGUUCUGCCCGUCGGCCUCUUCCAGGGACUGGACAACCUGGAGUCUCUCCUUCUGUCUAGUAACCAGCUGGUGCAGAUCCAGCCCGCCCAUUUCUCCCAGUGCAGCAACCUCAAGGAAUUGCAGCUGCAUGGCAAUCACCUGGAAUACGUCCCCGAUGGCGUCUUCGACCACCUGGUGGGACUCACCAAGCUCAAUCUGGGCAAGAACAGCCUCACCCACCUCUCACCCAGGGUCUUCCAGCACCUGGGCAACCUCCAGGUGCUCCGGCUCUAUGAGAAUAGGCUCUCGGACAUCCCCAUGGGCACUUUUGAUGGGCUUAGCAACCUCCAGGAGCUGGCCCUCCAGCAGAACCAGAUCGGCAUGCUCUCACCUGGCCUCUUCCACAACAACCGGAACCUGCAGAGGCUCUAUCUGUCCAACAACCACAUCUCCCAGCUGCCUCCCGGCAUCUUCAUGCACCUGCCCCAGCUCAACCGACUUACACUCUUUGGGAACUCCCUGAAGGAGCUCUCCCCAGGGAUUUUUGGGCCCAUGCACAACCUGAAGGAGCUCUGGCUCUAUGACAACCACAUCACUUCUCUACCCGACAACAUCUUCAGCAACCUCCACCAGUUGCAGGUCUUGAUCCUUAGUCGCAACCAGAUUAGCUUCAUCUCCCCGGGUGCCUUCAAUGGACUGACAGACCUGCGAGAGCUGUCCCUCCACACCAAUGCCCUGCAGGACCUGGAUGGGAAUGUCUUCCGCAUGUUGGCCAACCUGCAGAACAUCUCUCUGCAGAACAACCGCCUCCGACAGCUCCCAGGGAAUAUCUUCGCCAAUGUCAACGGUCUCAUGACCAUUCAGUUGCAGAACAACCAGCUGGAGAACCUGCCCAUGGGCAUCUUUGAUCACUUGGGGAACCUGUGUGAGCUUCGGCUGUAUGACAACCCCUGGAGGUGCGACUCAAGCAUCCUUCCGCUCCGCAAUUGGCUCCUGAUCAACAAGGGUAGGUUAGGGACAGACACUCUCCCAGUGUGUUCCAGCCCAGCCAAUGUUCGAGGACAAUCCAUCAUCAUCAUCAAUGUCCCUGGCCCCAGUGUUCCGGCCCCAGCCAUCCCUGAGGUUCCCAGCUACCCCAACGCACCCAGCUAUCCUGACACACCCAGCUAUCCUGACACCACAUCCAUCUCCUCUACAACUGAGAUCACUAGCUCUGUAGAUGACUACACUGAUCUGACCACUAUUGGGGCCACAGAUGACCGCAAUACUUGGGGCAUGACCCAGCCCCAAAGUGGGUUGGCCAUUGCUGCCAUUGUAAUUGGCAUUAUUGCCCUGGCCUGUUCCCUGGCUGCCUGCAUCUGCUGCUGCUGCUGCAAGAAAAGAAGCCAAGCAGUCCUGAUGCAGAUGAAGGCACCCAAUGAGUGUUAG